UAUAUGUAUGGUAUAAAAGGUGCAGGCUGGGGGGCAUAUAUAUCCACGCCAACAGCUUCAGCACUGCGCAGAUCGUUUUAGUCAGUCUGGAGAACGGCGCAUUCAUUCCGGACUGCACAGCACCAGGGUUCGCAAAAACGGCGCACGCGCCAAAGACCGCGCUGUAUCACGUCCGCCGCGGAGUACGGGCUCUCUGCGCGGCCUCCCCGCAGGAUCGCAGCAGCACCACUGACUUGGCAAGCAGACCCAAAUUGCUUUUUGGGCGGCCCCGAGAGAGGAGUCUUUGCAGCCCAUGCCUUGGAAUCGUGUCUUCCCGCCAUGGUUCUUCCGCGAUACGAGUCAUGCCGACAAUCUUGCCGGCCCUGAUUCUGGGGUUCCCCCUCUUUUCGCAAAAGUGCAGACGUGGCCCGGUCGGCGGGGCCGAUCCAGAAUGCCAGUGGAUUUGACCAGCGCUGUUUUUGUGUUUGCGCGCCUCAAACCAGGGGGUUCCCCCGCGAGGCUUGUCGAAUCGCAAAAAAAUCGAAAUCGCAGCCUCCGGCGGUUAUCGGCGGGAACGGCGUUCCAGGUCCAAGCGACACAAAAACUUGGGGUGUCACUGGCUUGCGGUUUCGGGCUGCGGGCCGUCUGGCGGACGCGUGCUGAGUGCGGCGGCACGGUCCAUCUGCCUCCUGGCGUGUUUCAUGCUUUUGAUGUCGUUCAUGGUUUUCACGUGCUGGAGCACGAAUUGAUCGUGCGAGGCCAAGAGGUCGGCAAGGGGCUGUUUGAUCCUGCGUAUAGCCGUGGCUAGCUCGCCGUAGGCGUCCGGCGGUGUGAUGCCGUUAUCCGGGUUUGGCGGCUGAGACUCCGACAUGACUACGGGGGUGGUGGACGCGUUAGCACGGGAG